AUGAUCAGCACUUCGGCCGCAGUCGACGCUUGGGGCGGCUCCGUGUCUCUUGGUCCAAUGACUUCAACCAUCAAGGCCGUGACAACAAUUAUCCCCGGCGCCGCGCCUCCCACGCAGAACGGGUCCUGGCCGGACAACUUUUGGUGCGGCGCCAUGAAGGGCCAAUGGUGCGUCCGGGCCUCACUUUUCGGGUCCUUUGGGCAACUCAGCGGCGACGCUUCUGCCGUAUCGGGCACCCAGAAAGUCAAGAUCGACUAUGAGCUCCUCUCUAACAAUAAUACCUGGCGCCAGACCGUCACCCAUGCCGAUACCGAUGCAAAGCUCAGCUCAUUCGAGCAUAAGUCUGGCUCCUUCAUGAGAGGCUAUGGCACUGGAACCGAAUGCAAUGCCAACUAUAGCCCUACUGUCUCUGCGCACAAGUACAUUGACACUGUCAUCACUCUAACAGGUCCUGAUACUGGUUUUGGAAAGACGAUUGCCACCGCUCAGAAAGCUACGUACUCCAGUCUCUCAAGCAGCCAGAGCGGAAAGAUUCGGACGAUCAACGCGAUCAACGUCCCUGCAAUGAAAUGA